CAGCCUCUAUGAUCCAUCCCCAAAACACCACUUCUAUACCUUCUCCUUCUUCAACUUGCUCAUCGGCGUGCAGGUAUCGCCCUUUCAUACUGCUCGACCUCGAUACCUACAGCGUCAGCCUCUUAUAACUUUUAUUGCCGCAGGCGGUACAUAUCCGUUCAGAUUGCCACUGCAUGAUCUGUCACGAAAUACUGCCCCUUCCGUCCUCACCCAACCUCGCCCGUCAGCCCGUCGCAUCUCUUGACAACCGCCCGUACAGCUUCUCGAUAUGGCACCCCGUCACCGGAAGGACUUAGCGGCGAGCCGAAGACGGGUUGCGGACGAAGGUGACGAGGAAGGGGGUUUGGAUGCCGGGGACCUGGACGAUGAUUCAUUCAGUGAGGGGUCGAUUGUAAGUGAGGAGGAUGAGGUACAUGAGGAUGAGGAGGUGAGCACCGCUGAGGUGGCGUCUGCUACCUCUCCGGAGCUGCCAAGGGUCAAUGGAAAAGCCAAACGGCCAUCCCAGGACGAGAAGGCGAAGUCAAGCAAUAGCCCCAAGAAGCCGGUUACAAACGGAGCUAGUGAUAUGGAAAUGAUGCUCAAUGGUCUCAAGAUAUCUGAUAAGAACGUCUCUGCGGAGGAAGUGCAUUAUGACGAUCUCCGGGAGGACGCGGACCUGCAAGAACCUUCCCCGGCUGUUGUCGAUUCAACAGCUCAGAUGGACCGGCCGCAGGAGGCGCCCUACGAACGUCGGCGCAGGGAGCACGAGGAAUACAAGAAGAAGAGGGAUGCGGAUCCAGCUUUUGUACCAAACAGAGGAGCUUUUUUUAUGCAUGAUCAUCGCCAUGCUGGUCCUGCUGCCAACGGAUUCCGGCCAUUUGGGAGAGGUAGAGGGAGAGGCAAGUCGGGCAUUGGAGGUCCCUAUGCACCCAUGAAUCAAAUGCCCCAGCCAUUCGAACCUACCGAUGCUCCUUGGGCCCACGACAUGCACGAGGUGAUAACUCAACCUAGCCCUCGACCACAGCCAACAGGCUAUAUAAAUGGCACGGCUGCUGCACGCAUACCUGUGAAGGCAUCGGCAGCUACACCUCCAAAUCGAGCUCUCUCAACCACGAGGCACAUUGGCAAUGUUCAGAUCCGGGUUUUCUUCCCGACAAUGGAGAAGCCUUCUGUAUUCCCGGGCGUUCCAGUCAAGCAAUACACGCGCCUUCCAGACCACCGACCUCCUCUGCGCCGUGACAAGCCGGUUCGAAUAUCUCUCCCAGAUCAUCCGCCGCGGUACAUCUUCCCUGCUGUUGACAGGUCUUUUAUCUUCAUCCCACGGGCAAUGCGACCAAAUCAACAAGGAUUUGGCCGUGGCAGGGGCAAAUCAGGACUCGGCUCCAUUGGCCCAUACUCAAGGCGUACGAGCGUGUGGGGUGGUAGUAUGUACGGCAGUGCCUAUAGCCCAAGUGUUGCCAUGAGUCGCAGAUCGUCACUUGCUCGGGAGGUCAACAGAGAAGGCAUCGUCUCCCCAGCCGGGUCAGCGAUGUCCCGACCACAGAUGCCAAUGGAUGCGUCGAGACCGAUCGUGAAACUGCCGCCAACAAGUCAAACUACACAAACACAGCCCCAGGCUCCAGCGGCCGAGCAACAGAACGGUCAACCACCGGCACCCGCAUCGAUUGAUGACCUGCCACGACCACAGACGUACCCGCUUCCUCAGAAGCCAACAUUCCGGGAAAACCGGCCGAACGCCAUCCCCAUGCAUCAACCUCGGCCUCAGAAAACUGUUUCUGUUGCUGAUAUCGAAUCACCCGCCACACUGUCAUUCAACCCACCUCAACAGCAUCAACAACCAUUUCACCAGCAAGUUCCUAUUCAGGUCAAUGGUAACGGCUACCCACAUGAUUCUAUGUUACAUUCUCGCAAUGCCUCUUAUCCCAGCCAGGCCUCGACUGGUACUCCCUUAUCACAGAUACCGGAACGUGCCAUCCAUGCCCAGCCAUUCCAGCCCAACCCGUAUCAGCAACAACCUCAAACCUACUAUCCUCAGCCUUACCAGGUUAUGCAGCCUGCACAGGGUUACUAUUACCCGCAGCAAGGCUUCAAUCCAUCAAUGGGGCCAUCUGCGGGUGCAGCUCCCUUCGCUCCUUCGCAACAACAACAACAACCACAGCCGCAGCCACAGCCGCCACCUUCAUUCAACCAACCUGGCCAGCAGUCAGAUGCCUCACAACCGGGUACGCAGAAUCUGGUAGCUCAAGAAGUGAAUGGCAUGGUCUACUACUAUGACGCGGCUCAGAUCCCGGCGGUUGCAACUUUCCCGGCUUACCCAGCGCCUCAGCCGUAUCCCAUGCAGCCGGUUGGUGGAGUAGUAGGGAUGGGAGGAAUGAUGACCCCUAGUCCGGAUGGCUUCUACUAUCCCCAACCUGCUCAAGGCGUCGUCUACUAUCCGCAGUAGCGUGAUCUCUUUGGCGGAGGAAAUUUUGUUAUAGUCCCUUUAAUGCUUUCAGCGAUCUCAUUCUGCCACGGGUUUCAUUGUGCGUUUUGGAAGCGUUGCUACCCUUUUGCCCUAUUGCAACUUAUCUGCAAAAAAAAAAGAUGUCUGUGUUGGUCGACGCCUACUAAAGAAGCUGUCGGCAAUCUCCCGAUUUCCCGUCGCCCUGUGGGGGGAUAUGAUUUGGGUGGCGGGCUCUGCAGCUACCUCCUUUUCAGCUGCUUGUGCCUUGUAUCUUCCCCGUGAUGUUCUGUCUUCGUUGUCGUGCGUGAGAGAAGAUUUCUCUGGUCGAGACAGAGCCGCUGACUGUAGCCUUGGUCCCGGACGAGUAGAGUAGGAGGAGUAGUUAGGUAAAUGAGAAGAUUCAGUGGAUGAAUGAUUGAUUGACUGAUUGACUGAUUGAUUG